AUGGCGAGCACAUCAUCAUCAUCACCACUCGUCAUUGUUGUAUCCGGUGGUGGACCGGUUGGACUCACCUUUUCGCUUAACAUUGCCGCAAUGAUGGGUAAACAUGUCAAAAUUAUUAUUUAUGAAGGUCGAUGGUUUGUUGAUGAACAUGGUAUUACUCGUUGGCAAGACAAAACUCGUCGUGAUCAAGUUGUUACUUUACAAGACCAUGUUAUCGAACAAAUGCCUUUGUUUAUUCAAGAAGGUCUAUUCAAAAAUAUCAACGAACGUGUUUGGCCAACAUCAAGAAAUAUUCCAAUAAGAGAAGUUGAAGAUCGACUUCUUGAUCUCAUUCAACCAUUUGUUCAAAAUGGUCAAGUAGAAUUAAUUCCUGAACAAUUAAAUGAACAAUCUAAACAUUUGAUUGAAGGUGAUUUUGAUGUAUUAGUGGGUGCCGAUGGAUCGAAUUCGUUUGUUCGUCGUUACUGUAAUAUUCAAAUGAUCAGUGAAGGCAUUGAAUAUGCAUGUGGUGUAGCAUAUAAUAUACCUGAAGAUGUGCCACAAGUAGAUGAACCUCUCCAUCAAGCACUUAAUUGUAUAUUAACGAUCUCACAAACACGUUAUUUAGUAAAUUCGUCAACGAGUCGUCGAGGUUAUCUCAAUAUUCGUUUGAUUAAAAAUGAAUAUGAAGAAUUAAUUAAAUGUUUACAAAAAUUUCAAGAUGCUAAUGAUUCAUUAAAUUUAUUAGAUUAUGAUAAAUGCCCACAUUCACCUGUAUGGUCAAUUGUUCGGCAAGGAUUAGAAUUUUUUAAAAUAUCUCCAAAAUAUGUUAUUCGUGUUGUACCAAUCGAGAUUAAUGUUCGACAUGCAUCCAUUGUUGUUCGAGAACUUCGUUUAGAAAUUAGCAAAACACAUCCAACGACAUCGACAACAGCGAAUGCAGGUGGUAAUAAGAAAAAACAAUUUAAGACAAUGUUAGCAUGUCUUGCUGGUGAUGCGGCAAUGAAUGUACAUUUCUGGCCCGGUCGAGGAAUGAAUAGUGGAAUGAAAGCAGCUAUGGCACUUGCUCGAAAUAUUCUUCAUACGUGUACAUCUAAAACAUCACCUUAUUCAAUCGAAGUUCAUACUCCACUUCAAUUUCUUGAUUUUCUCGAUUAUGAAGGUUUUAUGGCUCGUCUUAGAGCACGUGAACAACAAGGUCGUUCAUUACGUAUUCUUAUGGAUUCGAUCGAUGCAAGUGUUGAAGAAGCUUAUACUUAUGCCCAUUUGAAUCAUUGUUACGUCAGAUAUACAAAGAACUUAAAUAGAAAAUUGCAAGAAACAAGAGAACGUCUUAAACAACGAUCCGAUUGGCCUCAUCAAACACGAUUAGUAACUGAUGAAGAAUUACAAUCUGCAUGUAACCGAAUUUCUCAUAAUGCUGUCGCUCAACUUUCAUUAGCUAAUCCAUGGCCAACACGAGAAAUGAGUGGUACUGAAGUUUCUGUCGAAGAUAUCUUUCCAUUCAAUCAGCAACAAUUUUUACCUGUACCAACGUUAGGAAAACUCACUUCAGAUCGUCCACCAAGCAAAAUAAUCAUUCAACAUCAUUUUCUUAUUUUAUGCAUCACUGGUGACAAUAUGAGUGAAAAUACAAAGAAAAUUAUUGAUUCAAUUCAAACUUCUCCUAAUUUCGCUAAUCCAUCAACAACAGCUCACGAACUACAUGUAGUUCGUACUAUCGAAGAAGCUCAAGAAUGGAUAGCGAACAAUAAUGAACGUUUAGGAAAGCAAGGUAUUCUCUUCAAGGUGAUUACUACAUGGUCACUUAACAAACAAAAAACGGCAGUAGAUGUAAUUCGAGCAGUUCGUGCUGUUGCAACACGUGCUCCUGUAUUAAUUUUUACGAAUAAAUCUGAAGAUACACAACCAGCACUUCAAUUUCCAAAUGUUAUUGCUACUUAUGAAGUAUAUGAAUUGUAUGAAUUUGUUGGUAUUAAUCAAGAGACCCAGUGGAAUCCAGGCUGCCCUGUAUUAUUAGAUUCUUCUCCAUCAAGUCAUUCUCAAACAGAACAAAACGAAAUUCAAGCAAAAAAGAAUAAAUUUCAACAAUCUGCAAUUCCUGUUGCUGGAGGAAAUGGACAAGGACAGGAAUUAAAUCAAUUCUCUUAUCCUCAAGGUAUCUUUAUUGACAAUGAUAAAUCAAUUUAUAUUGCUGAUUCUGAGAAUCAUCGUAUUGUUAAAUGGAAAUUGAAUUCAAAUAUUGGUAAUAUCUUGGUAGGUGGAAAUGGAAAAGGAAAUCAAAAUAAUCAAUUAGAUGACCCAAGAGAUAUAAUUUUUGAUAAACAGAAUAAUUCUUUUAUUAUUUCUGAUCAUGGAAACAAACAAGUAAUUCGAUAUUUUAUUCAAAAUCAAACAAAUCGAGAAAUUAUUAUUUCAAAUAUUAACUGUUGGGGACUAACAAUCGAUAAAAAUGGAUUUAUUUAUGUUUCUGAUUGUAAAAACCAUGAAGUGAGACGAUGGAAACAAGGAGAUGCAGAAGGUGAAUUAGUUGCAGGUGGAAACGGUCAAGGAAAUGAACUUAAUCAACUCCAUUAUCCUACUUUUAUCUUUAUUGAUGAAGAUUCUUCUCUUUAUAUAUCAGAUACAGACAAUCAUCGUGUGAUGAAAUGGAAGAAUGAUGCAAAAGAAGGAAUUAUUGUUGCUGGUGGAAAUGGGGAAGGAAAUAGUCUCAAACAAUUGUCUUAUCCUCGAGGAGUGGUUGUUGAUCAUUUGGGUCAUAUUUAUGUAGCAGAUUGUGGAAAUCAUCGAAUAGUACGUUGGUGUGAAGAAGAUGCAGAAGGUGAAAUUGGGGUUGGUGGAAAUAGUGAAGGAAGUGAACCAAAUCAGUUGCAUUUUCCCAAAGGUUUAUCAUUUGACAAUGAAGAAAAUCUUUAUGUUGUUGAUGAAUACAAUCACCGAAUCCAAAAAUUUGAUAAACUUUCAGAUUAA